AUGUUUAUGCAUGAAGCUCACUAUGAUAUUGAAUUGGACACAAUUAUAAGGGAUUUGGCAAAAUUGAAUAAUUUGAGAGUGAAACUGAAGAAUUUGGUUUCCGAACUGAUUAGAUUGAAGGAUAAGGGUCCAAUUUUACCACAAGAAGAGGAAGACACUCCAAAAAUUGAGGAGUUAUCUUUGGAUGAAGAUGAAAACACAAAGAAAAAGGAUGAACCAUCAUUCGGAGUUAAAAUCACUGAUCAAAACUUGUUGACAACUGUAAAUAAUGUAAUUGAGGAAUGCAAUAGAGUUCUUUCACAUGAGAGAGCUGAUAAAAAGGAUUCAACCACUGAAAAGGAAUUAACUGAUUGUAUAAUGAACGUGAAGGGUGUUGUGACAAUGGCCUAUCCAAUGGGUCUCCCUCAAUCCGAUCCUCUUACAUUUAUUUUCAGUGAUGAAUUCAGAGUUGUAAGUUUAAAUUAUUGA